AUGACGGCGGGAGAAGCUUGGAGCUUGAUAAAUGAUGUCGCCGAGGCUACACAACAUGUAAGAGUAAGGAGCAAUCCCCUCAAGGAUGUGGUAGAAGCACCCCCUUCCGAAUCAAGUUUGACCAAGGUGCUUGGGGAUAUGACUACUAUCCUUACGGAAAUGCACAAGGAACAAAAGGCAUUCUAUUCUAUCCAAGCUGUCCAAUCCCCACCUUCAAGGGCUUGCGUAAGCAUCAUGCCACUUUCUAUCUUUGCACGGUUAAAUUUAGCUCCAUUAAAGAGGUCGGCCGCCAAAUUUGCCUUGGCCAAUAAGAGUGUGAUUACCGUAGUAGGAAUAGCAGAAGAUAUUCUUGUGGUGAUCAAAGAUUUGGUGUUUCCAGUUGAUUUCUACGUCUUUGAAAUGUGUCCAAUAGAUAAUAGAAGUUCUUCCUCUAUUUUGCUUGGUAGACCUUUCUUGAAAAUAGGAGAUAAGACUAUCAAGUUCAAUUUGGAAGAAGCCAUGAGACACCCACCCGAAGAGCAUUCCGUUCUUCGAUGUGAUGUAAUCAAUGAGGUAGUAGCGGAGGUACAAAGAAAAGAUCACAACAAGUUGUGCUAUCCUAUUGUUGAAGAGACGGAUGACCAUGAGGGUGAACAAGAGAAAGUUGUUGAGAAUGAGCUCCAGGAGCUUGAUGAAAAGGAACCUCAACUUGAGGCAAAAAUUGGAUUGAAGCAUCUUCCAUCUCAUUUGAAGUGUGCAUUCCUUGAACAUAACAAAAAGUUUCUAGUCAUUAUUGCUAGAGAAGCUCCUAGAGGUCCUAAGGAAGCAUAA